GCUUUUAAUGUCAUUUAAAAUUUUGCUGAUUUACGAAGUUUAUGCUGUACCUGUUCACUGUAACCUUGACGGGCUUAAAUACUGAUUACAGUUCUUUACUUCUAGAGGUCUCUUCAAACUUGACCUGCAUUUUUGCUCUCAUAUAGGUUAGUCAGUUUUCUUCAUAACCUUCCUUUCUUACAAAUUUGAAAACUAAGAAUAACAAACAACUAUCAAAUGAAACCUCCAAUGUGCUGAAAUUCUAUAUGUUAGGCCACGAACAGAAAUAAGCAUCAAAUUACGUUUACGGGAGGGACUGGGUAUAUUUUACGCUUGGCAGCAAUAUUACAUUACAUUACAUUUAUACACGCGAUUGCAGUGCAAGGCGAUUCGCGGAUGGUUUUUUGCUCCCCCUAGCGGCCAUUCUGUGAUUAUCCGUUUGUUUACCAGCCCGUCGUAACCGAGGUUGCUAGGUGACCGGAGAAACUUUGGUGACCUGAGUUCAGGGACUGUUUCUCGAUACGUAUAAUACAAACGCUAUAAAAUCACUGUUUUAAUGCAUAUAAUUCCUGAUAUUCUGGAGCAGGGAUAAAUAAAAUGCCGGGCCCUUUCAAUUCGGACAGCAUCAAGCAUCCGAUUCAUGACCAAAUUACGGAGUUACAACGGAAAAUUCAACUGCUUGAGGGGGACAGAUGCGCUUAUUACGAGAGCUCGCAGGAGACUAUAAAGAAGAACAAGGAGGCGAUCCUGCGGCUUCGCCACGAGAACAAGGGGCUGCGCAGGAGGCUGGCGGACGCGCACGCGGGUGAUGAACAAGUGACAAAAGAUGCAUUUCAGAACAGAGGAACGGAGAAAGCUGCCUUCCGGAACAAGUCAGGGAAGGAAGCUGUUCAGAUCCUUGACCAGAAAGUGUCUGAUAAGAUAAAGAAACUUAAUGCCUUGAAGCACCGUACAGAGUCUCGCCGGCGCCACCUGCAGGAGCUGCAGCUGCAGUGCCACAGAGCGCAGUCUGCAGGCCAAGCCAGUCACCAGAUUGUGGAGGAGAGGGAGGAGGAGGCAAAGAGUGAAGGCGAGGCGGCUGAGGAGCAGCCCCUACAGAAUUUACGAGUGUUGGAGAACCGGCUUGAAAAGGCCCAGCUCAAGUGCCAGGAGGCUGAACACAUCACGAGGGGAUAUUUGAAACUAAAAGCCCAUCUGCAGGAGGAGAGCCUGACGUUCCAAUCCCAGCUGGACGGCCUGGAAGCUGAAAUUUUGCGGGAGAGGCAGGAGCUGCGAGAGCUGCAGGUGAUGCAUGCUGACGCACAACUGUCCAGGGACGCUGCCAAGGCUGAGCUCCAGCGACAGGAGGACAAGGUAUACAGGGAGCGCAGGGCGAGGGAGGGCAUCCUGGUCCAGUACAAGAAGCAGGCUGAGGAUCGCAGAGCUCACACCGAGAGAGCCGAGAGGAGGGCCCAGCGGGUCACCAUGCACCCGGACGAGAUGAGCAGCGAGGCCCAGCGCAGUGUCACGGGGGUGGGCGAGGAGGAAAAGGUCAUCUCCACCUAUGAAGAAGCCUUCCAGCAUAUCAAGGAGGCUACAGGAGUCACCGAUGCGCAGGAGAUUGUGGAGAGGUUCGUCACCCAGGGCAACACGCAGAAGCACCUGGAGCACCUGAAGGUGGAGAAUGAGAAGAUGCUGCAGCAGCUGAAGGUGGAGCGAGAUCAGCUACAGGCUCAGUUCCAGGACAUGAAAUAUUCUGGAGAGGCCAAACUGUCAAGUGAUCAACAGGUCCUGAACGAGUGUGAGUUCCACCUGCAGAGAGAGUGGGACGGGCGCGACAAGGUCCGGCACAAGCUGGACUGGCUGACACGCACGCUGAACGCGGCACGCGGCGGUGUGGAGCACCUGGCCGACAAGCUGCGGCACAUCGCCCUGGACACAGGGUUUCCUGUACCCGAGCUGGACCCCAGCUCAGAGUCCUACAUCCUGGAGCUGUUGACACAGUCAGAGUGGAAGCUCCUGCAGCUUCGGGAGGAGCUGCACGGGACGGACAUGGAGGCCGUCAUGAAGGAGAUGGAGGAGGAAGAGUUCCACGCCACCAUCGAAGGAAAGCUGCCAGCGCAAAAUAUGCGCAUCAGGCUUCCCCAGGCUCAGAGACAGGACCCAUACGAGGACGACGAGAAAAGUGGGGACGACGAGAGUGACAUCAUCACCCGGGCUGCCCUCAAACGCCAGUCUCAGAUGAUCAUUGACUCGCGUACCAAGAGGAAGACGCGCAUAAGGAAGAAGAAGAACAAGCUGUGAGCCAUUUGGGAUGCUGCCGGGACCUUCAUCCAGGCCGGGGGGGCCGAGCCUGUGUGUGGCAUCUACUUCUGCCGUUGGGUCUGUACUGUAGGGUCAGGUCUACAUUUGCACUGGAAACAGGAACCUGUGUUUAUGUUUGAUGAUGUGAUGGUUCAUUCAUCUCAGGCACAGGUCACGAUACCCAGCACACCAUGCUGGUGAAACAGUGACGAUGAUGGUGACAGCA